AAGUAAACUACAGACUCGUACUGUCCCUGCCGCCCCUCCCUCUGCAGGCCGGGCCCCUCGCCGGGCCGGCCCCUCUGGCCGCUCGCUGGCACCCUUCAGAUGAGCUCCGCCGCAGCAGAAACCCGACCUGAGGCGAUAUGAACGCUUCCGAGCUCACAGAGCUCCCGGACGACUCCGAGCAGCUGAGGCCGUACGUGGUGAGCCUGAGGCGGGCAGCCCUGCAGGCCGAUCCGCCCUCCGCAGUGGGAACCUUCUCCGACGGCUUCCUCAUCAGGUUCCUCCGAGCCAGAGACUUCGACCUGCCGCUCUCUCUGAAGCUGUUGUUGAACUACCUGCAUUGGAGGAGGGAGAGUCCUGAGAUCAGCACAUGCCUGUCUCCUUCGUCUGUGUUCAGCCUUCUCAGAACAUCAUACCAUGCUGUUCUACCACAGCGGGAUCCGUCUGGCAGCAGGGUGCUCAUCUACCGAAUUGGUCAAUGGAACCCAAAAGAUUGGUCAGCAUUCCAAGUGUUCAGGGUCAGUCUGAUGACAUCGGAAAUCCUAUCCAGGGAGACCGAAACUCAGAGGCGAGGUGUGAAGGCAAUAUUUGACCUGAAGGGGUGGAGUUUAAGCCAUGCCCUGCAGAUUAACCCUUCCCUCGCCAGAAAGAUUUCCUCUGUGCUAUCGGACUCCUUUCCUCUAAAAGUGAGAGGAAUUCAUCUGGUCAACGAGCCAAUUUUCUUCCGUCCAGUGCUCGCUAUGAUUCGACCCUUUCUGCCAGAUAAGAUCAAGCAGAGGGUCCAUAUGCACGGCACAGACUUCCACCACAGUUUAUGUGACUUCUUCUCGGCAGACGUCCUGCCCCUGGAGUACGGAGGAGAGGGUUUGGGAAUAGAAGAGGUCUGUCAGGCGUGGACCCAGGAGCUGCUUCAAUCUGAGAACCUCCUGAAUCAGAUUGCUUCUCACCCAACCGGAGACACUUCCACUAGUACUGUAGAUUCGUUGAUCUCGGAGGAAAAUGAGACAAAGAAGCCCACUGAAGGAUGAUGCUGAGGACCGUGAUACCAUGGAAUACGUACAACCUGCUGGUGUUGGUGUAAAACAGCAGCAGGCUGCUCAAGUUGUUAGCUCCAUGAUAACGGCUGUCUAUGCGUGACCAAAGCCUGCGCUGCCUUUCAGCACCAAACCUGAGUGACAGUACAUUUUAAUGCAGUUCACUUUUUAAGUUAAGAGCCCUUCUUGUUACAUUAUUAGUUAAAAUUCUGAUCAAAAGAAUUCAGUUGCAACAAAAUUAAUCAGAUGCACACACAGAAACAAUGAUAUUUAUAAUCAGCGCAUUCUGCCACUGGCUUACUGUCAGCCAUUAAUGAUGCUUAAUUAGCAGCGGAUGCUCACUCCGCACAGUUCCCUAGAAGCUGAAGGUCACGGAGAGCAUUAGAAGCACAGAUGAAAAAGAUUUGAAUCUAUUGCAAUUGAUCAUCACCCUGAUAUUUACCAAUAAUAUUGCCAACUCACGAGAUCCCAGAAUGAGGCAGCUGCAGUGAUCUUCCUCCAGAGGGGGGCUGGAAUCAGCCUAAGAGAGAGGUUGAUUAGAGCCGCUAUUUAUGGGAGCCCAAAGUGGAGCCACUGCUUCUCUGCAUUUGAAGGAGCCGGUUGGGGUGGUUCAGGCGUCCCACUGGGAAGAGCCCCCCGGGGGGAGACCCAGAACCAGCUGCAGGGACUAUAUACCCCAUCUGGCCUGGGUACGCCUUGGGAUCCCCCGGAAUGAGCUGGAGAGUGUCGCUGGGAGAGAGAUGUCUGAAGUUUUUUUUAUUUAUUUUUUUAUUUAUCCUUUAUUUAACCAGGUAAUACCCAUUGAGAUUAAAAAUCUCUUUUGCAUGGGAGACCUGGCCAAGAUAGGCAUCAAAAUUACAUCACAUCAUUACAUACGUACAAAGACACACACAUGAAAGCCAAAACCAACAGGUCCAGAAGUUCCUAUCUGGACCUGUUGUCCCUGCGACCCGGUCUUGGAUAAGUGGAAGACAAUGGAUGAAUCUAUUACCAACUCAAGAUUUGUUUCAUGCAGUCCUAAGAGAGACUCUUAAAAACCCAUUUUGAGAUAAUUAAACCCCCUGUUUGUUUAUUUCUGAAUUAUUUUAAUUCUUUUGUAGCACUAGAACACCAUGGAAAUAGACAAAAACACUCUAACCAAGUCUGAACUAUCAUUUUUAAAAGCAGGCCUUCUGAUUUGUGAACCCCUUACUCUAUUUGAGAAAAAAAUGUUAUUUGAUUUCCCCCCAAAUAGAUUUUUUUCUCGUUCUCAUCGACCAAAUAUGUCUUCUCAAGAGCUUGAUUUAUCAUCGCAGCUGAUGCUAACACAACAUGAAAGUGCUAAUAGAAUUAUGCACUGUGGGUAAGAUAUUAGCUGCUGAUAACCUCCCAACAGAACCCCACUCUGAAAAUUCAGAACCUUCAAUUUUAGGUUAACCAUAGUCUCACAUUUUAGGUAUUGUGACAUAAAAGUCAAAAUGUAAUAUUUUAUCCUCUUGUUGCUGGAAUGUUUAUGGUAUAUUUUCAUCUUCUUAGUUUAUUUACUUUAUAUGUUAUACAUAUUAUUGUUUUUGCCCUUUUGCUGCUACUGGGGGAGACCUUUCCCAUUUGUUGGACCCAAAUGGGACAGCCAGGCUUUUAAGGUAUUAAAGUUCAAACUGUGAAAUUCUCUGCCAAAACUCUACAGUGAGUAUUUGAAGCAUCAGCAAAAUAAUGUGGGGUCCAAACAAUUUCCCAACAUCGUGUUUCCAAUUCGUCUUGUUAAACUGCUCCAAUUGGACAUAUCCAGUCAAACUGCCAGCCUUAAAUUCACAUUCCUACUGUUUGUUCAUUUUAAUUGAAUCACAUUCUGAAUUGUAUGAAAUCUAAAAUCAGGUUUCCUCUAUUUCCUACAACCUGAGUGUCUGUUCAUAGUAUGACUAUGUUUGGACUAAUAUCAAUCACAUAAAAAUGACUUACUUUAAUGCAAUAAUGUGAGCGUACUCUUGAAUGUAACAUGUAGUGUUUGUAACUGCUGCAACUGUUUUUGCAUAUAAGAUACAUUUUGAUAAUGUAUUAUUGUUGUUUCUAAUAUAUAGAAUUUAUGUAUAAUGUAUUUAAGAUUUAAGCUAUUAAUUUUGUCUAUGAAGUAUGAUUUUAAAGUGUCUUUAUAUGUUUCAUAUCUGAAAUGCACACAGAAACAGGUCCGUGCCAUAAAGUGUUCCAGGUGGUGAUAACCUGAACUGAAAUAUUCAAAGUAUUUGUGUUAUCUUGAACUUACAGAGAGAUGUUCAGUUUUACUUCCAAACUUGAAUGUUUUAAGCAGUCACAUGUUCCAUGAUGGUCUGCGUCACAUUGGAUCCCAUGUAGACCUGUUUUUGUCUCGCGGUGAGAAUAUUUUGGCAAUGUUAAACUUAUUUACAUUUAUAAUUUUGAUUUGGUAAAUAAUAUAGUUAGGUUAGUAAAUCAAAUGUGUAAUGCAGUUUAAUUAAUGAAGUUGUAUUUUAUUUUUAUAUAAAUAAAGCUGUUUAUUUUUAA